AUGUCACACGUGGAGUGGGUGGAAGUUCUCAAGUUAAUAGUUUAUGUUCGUUACAUCGGCGGAGAUAUCAUUCAAGAAGAAAUUUUUUACUCCCAAUCUUUGAGAGCAGGUACUACAUCUGAAGGUAUAUUUAAUUCAAUAUCAAAUUUUGUUGAAAAAAAUGAUUUGGAUUGGAAGAAACUCAUUGGACUUUGCACAGAUGGCAUACCUGCAAUGGUAGGUGUACAAUCGGGCUUAGCUAAAAAGCUCAAGGAAAAAAAUUCCGCAAUGGCUAGCACAUAUUGUGUUAUUCUUCGGCAGGCUUUGGCUUCCAAAACAUUGCCACAGAAAUUACGCCAGACUUUGGAUUGGGUUAUAAGGAUUGUAAACUACACCGAGAGCAGCGCUUUGAACAGUCGGUUAUUUACUUUACUUUGCGAGGAUCUCGAUUCUAAUCACACAAAGUUCUUCUGUUCCAUAUAG